AUUGCUUGUCCUUGCUACACUGUCUUAUAAAGAAAUAUUACGCAAAACUUAUUAAUAAUAGUUGAUUAAAAAAAUACAAUAAUCAGAAUAAAACAAUAAUUGCACCGAAGGUCUCAACGAGUAAGAGGUGCACAUUUGCUGAAGAAACGGUUGCAGUUCUAACACUCAUUGUGCAAGGUUGUGGUCUUUAAAGCAGCUCCUACAUUGUAGCUGAAAUGAAAAAAUCGGAAAUAUUUCAGUUUGAAAGCAACAUCGUCAACUCAGUUGCCAAAUUAUACCAAAGAACGGAACAGUCUCUAAAUGAAGAUGUCUUGACACUGAAGUCUUGGAUGAAAUCUCAACCGCAUCUGCCUGAAAUUUUGGAUGAUUACAGUUUGCAAAAUUUUUUACUACUAAAUAAGUGUAGCGUGGAAAGAGCGAAAGAAAGCAUAGAUAUGUAUUACACCCUCAGGAGUCGAAUCCCUGACAUUUAUCAUAACGUCAAUCCGACAUGUCCAAAUAUGAAAGAAGUAAUGGAAAUGGUUUGCUACGUGCCACUUCCAAAACUGACCAAACAAAUGUACAGAGUGUUCUUUUUUAAAAUGAUAAGUAGUUCCAUGGUUGACAGAAUGGAACCACACGAUGUUAUUGAUCUGGCCGUUAACAUGCAAGAGAUACGACUUAAAGAAGAUGUAAUGUUUGGGGACAUAAUAGUCUAUGAUAUGACGGGUCUAACUUUUGGAUAUUUAUCAAAACUCACACCGUCAUUUUUAACUAAAAUCAUGACCAUUUACACCAAAAUUUAUUCUAUUCCUUUGAAAGGAAUGUAUGUUAUUAACAGUUCAUCUUACGUCAGUACGCUUCUGACAAUAUUGAAAACCAUUUUGAAGCCCAAAAUUUUUGAAAGAAUACACGUCUGCGAGGACACGACCAUUUUAAAUGAACACUUCCCUGCUGAGCUUUUGCCCAAAGACUACGGCGGCGAGGAAAAAUCUACAGAAGAACUUCAUGAAUUGUGGAAGCUUAAAUUAAAUGAAUAUCAGGAUCGCUUUGACCAGUUAGAUAAGCUACGAGUUAACGAAAAUUUGAGACCGCAGAAGCUAGAAAACGAUGAUUUUUUGGGAAUUCAUGGAAAUUUUAAAACGUUGAGUGUUGAUUAAUAAAUUAUUGCUUUCGUAAUCGCAGUUGCAGUGAACGUGAACGGUAGUCAUUCACUCUUGGCAAUGACGGAAAAUCCAAUUCAAGGUUCAAGGGUUUAGGUGAUAGGGUAUUUAGUGCUUUGAUAGACGAUGAUUAGCUCUGGUUCAAAUUAAUAUUGUGUAAUAAAAAGCAUACAUAAAAACAAUAGAAAUUUAA